AUCCUCUCGCGCGCGGCGUUUCCUCCCCCACUGAACUUAUUCCAGUGGCAUUUUGCUCUUUAAGAAUUUCGCCGAAUUUGUUUCCACAGAGACCGCGAGCAGCCCUCUAGGAACUACAGCGGAGAUCUCUGUGUGAGUGUGUGUGACAGAAAGAUAGUAAUUAUGCCAGAGGCCAGAGGACCAAACACUGUGAUUGAGCCUGCUGAGGACCCUCAGAUAUGGGGCGAGAAAAGCAAAGGAACAGAAACCGAGCAGAGAGAGAAGUGGGCCAACAAGACCGAGUUUCUGCUCUCCAUGGCUGGCGAAAUCAUUGGCCUGGGCAAUGUGUGGCGCUUUCCUUAUCUCUGCUACAAGAACGGAGGAGGUGUAUUCUUCAUCCCUUACUUUGUCUUCCUCAUCUUCUGUGGCAUCCCUGUCUUUUUCCUGGAGACUUCAUUGGGUCAGUACACCAGUGAAGGCGGGAUCACUGCCUGGAGGAAGAUAUGUCCUAUGUUCGAAGGAAUUGGCAUUGCAUCUCAAGUAAUUGUGGUUUACCUGAACAUCUACUACAUUGUGGUUCUGGCCUGGGCAGUCUUCUACCUCUUCAGCUGUUUCCAAACCGCACUGCCGUGGAUGACCUGUGAUCAUGAAUGGAACACAGCAUCGUGCUACACACAUAACAAAAGCUUGCUGCAGUCUGGCCUGCAAAGGUCCUCCCUGAGCAAUGAUACAUACAAUAACAGCAACAUUUUAAACAUCUCUGCAGCUGUUGUCUCUCCAGAGGAGGAAUUCUGGCUUCAUCGCGUGCAGCGGAUAUCCAGUGAUGAUUUCCUGGGCCUACCACAUUACGACCUGACACUUUGUCUCUUGCUGGUCUGGAUUAUCUGUUACUUUUGCAUCUGGAAAGGAGUCAAGACCACAGGCAAGGUGGUCUACUUCACAGCCACGUUCCCAUACGUCAUGCUGCUGAUUCUGUUUUUUCGAGGAGUCACUCUACCUGGCGCUGGGGCAGGAAUCAGCUAUUACCUGUACCCAGAUAUCUCCAAACUCGCCAAUCCUGAUGUUUGGUGUGACGCGGGGACACAAGUGUUUUUUUCCUAUGCUGUGUGUCAGGGUGUCCUCACUGCUUUGGGAAGCUAUAACAAAUACAACAAUGACUGCUACAAAGACUGCAUCGCUCUCUGUGCUCUAAAUAGUGGAACAAGCAUUUUUGCAGGCUUCGCCGUGUUUUCUAUCCUGGGCUACAUGUCUCAUGAGCUGUCCUUACCUAUGGAGGAAAUAGUGAGAUCAGGUCCAGGACUGGCGUUUAUAGCGUAUCCCAAAGCCCUGUCUCUCCUCCCAGGCCCACAGUUCUGGUCUGUCCUCUUCUUCAUGAUGGUCCUCUUUCUUGGACUGGACAGCCAGUUUGUGUGUGUGGAAAGUCUAGCCACAGCGCUCACCGAUGUUUUCCCUGAAAUUCUAAGAAAGCCAAAGCGCAGGGAGAUUCUGGUGUUGCUCAUUGCUGUGGUUUGCUUCCUAUUGGGCCUUCCUCUCGUCACUCAGGGUGGACUCCAUCUCUUUAAGCUGAUAGACACAUACGGCCCCAGUGGAACUAACCUGCUCCUCAUCGCCUGCUUUGAGACACUUGUUAUUGCUUGGGUGUAUGGUGCGGACCGUUUUUUUGAUAACAUCGAAGACAUGAUCGGAUAUUCCCCCAUGCCUGUGCUGAAGUAUUGCUGGCUCUUCAUCACCCCGUUCAUUUGUGCAGCCACUCUUUUGUAUGAUCUGAUCAUCAGUCCACCACUCAGUGCUUCAAAAGACUUUGUACCCAGCUGGGGUUCCACAGUUGCUGCCCUGCUCACUCUCACACCAAUGAUCUGCAUCCCUAUCUUUAUUCUGGUCGCUCUCAAAAAGGGUCGUGACCUGAUUGUACCCUCUGCUGACCUGCAACAACGCAGCCCAAACAAGCCUCGGCUAACACUGUGUGAGCGUGUCAUCAUUAAGGAACAGAAGCUUUCUCACACAGAGGAAGACAAAAGUGUUGAAGAAAAAGCUCUGAAAGAGGACACCACGAACAUGUGAGGUGAAAUAUCAGCAGUGAGUCUUUGACCUCAUACUCGCUGGAUGGAUACAGAAACCUCUUGCCAUGAAACCUCAGCUACAGUAUAAUUCACAAAUGGAAUAAACUGUUGUGUAAGAUUCUGGUUAUUUCCACAUUUCUUUUUAUAAACAAUAUAAGAUCAUAUAAUAACUGUAUUUUUGGGGUAAAGAAUGAUAUAAAGUGGAUCUACUAUUUCCACUGCUAGCACUGCUGAUCUAGUAUAAUACAGUUACCCUGCUGUCAUAUUUUAUCUCACGGGAAUCAUCAGUAUAAAUCAUAUAAUCAAUAUAAAUUAUGACUGAGCCAACAUUGAGUGUUGUCAAGUUUAGUCAUGUAUAGUUUUGUAGACCAAUAUGCCAUAAUUAAAAAAUUAUGAAUUUUUAUUUGUAUUUAACCAGAAUUAGUAAGAGCUGUCUAAAACUUUUUAUUCCUAGAUCUAUUAUUUCAUUUAUAUUUAAAGUUUCUACAUCUAAGCAGCACUGCUGUACAGAAUUACAUGUACAAUUCUAAUUACAGUAUUGUGAAUUUAAAUUUUGUGUAAAGGUCAAACAGCUGGCCUUUUUUAGUAAUGUUUUUCUUUUAAAUAAUCCAAUUAUUUCCAACACUAUUGUGUUGGGAAUUUUCUCUCUCUCUCUCUCUCUCUCUCUCUCUCUCUCUCUCGCGGUGUUUUUACAUUUGAAACUAUUAUGUGUGGCAUAUGUUUGUAUGUUCUUUCAUUAUUUUUAUGGGUUUCUUCUGCGUUCUUUAAUCUUGUCCACUGUCCAAAGAUGUGUCUGUAGGUUGCCUUAAAUUUCCAGAGUACAGUAUGAUGAAAAUAAAGUGGUUACUGAAAAAGAAUGAAUGACUGAACUUUAUCUUUAAAGUGACUUUUAAUUGGACAUGUACAACAUUUCUAUAGCCUUUUAAUUUCCAUAGCAUACAUUCAAACCAGCAUGUUAAAAAUCUGAACUGUUUAUUAAACUGUAUUAACAAACCCAAAUUGGUAACUAAAAAACGUAUUCUGUUUGAGAAAAAAAACUUUCAUUUGGUGCGAGGACACUUAAAUGUUUUGCUUUAUAUCUCUAUUUAAUAGGGUUGAAGGUAAGACUAAUUAAAAAGCUGAGGCAUUUAUUUGAAAAAAGAAACCUCACAAAUACUAACAAAGUACAGUACACAUGCUGUAUAUUAUUAGAGCAUGGGUUUGAUGAUGAUUAUAAUGAUGAUGGUGAUGAUGAUUAUUAUUAUUAUUAUUAUUAUUAUUAUAUCUUUUGGUUGGUCCAUAGGGUUCAUUUUAUGUAUUUGGUCCAAAGAUUUCUGGUAAAUAAUAAAAAGAAAAAAUCUUGCUGAUAUCAUAUCAGAAUCACAUUACCUGUUUUUGAUUAACCACUGCAUACAUAUAAAUUAGGUAGUUCAUAUUCUCUAGUUAAUGCAGAUGUUUAAGUUUUUUUAGUUUUAUAAAAUAUUUAGUUUUUAAAAUGUCAUCAGUCUUGGUUAUCCUAGAUGCCAUGUACUCCAGGAGAGGGCAGUCUUUAACCCUUUAACAGACACAAAAAAAUACCAAAAUAAAUUUAUUUCUAACUGAAUCACAACAAUACAUUAUUAUUAUUAUUAUUAUUAUUAUUAUUAUUAUUAUAAUAAUAAUAAUAAUAAUAAUAAUAAGACUAUUAUCUUUUAUAAGACUAUUAUCUUUUAUAAGAGAAUUGCCAGAUUCAAAAAGUUUAAAUAUCCUACUUAAGCUUUCCCCCAUAGUUCUUAUUUAUUUAUAACCAGUUGUUGCUGGGUUUGUAAACCUGCCUAAUUUGUCAAUUUUCCAUUUUUUACAUAAAGGAAAUAAGCCCUAAGGACUGUGUGAUUCAUGACUGUGGGUUUCUCUGUUUCUUGAUCCAUUUUCUGUCUAUUGUAAUUUUGAUAAUUGUUAAACAAGUAAUAAAACAUAAUCAAAUGUUAGACUUAUUCUACUGUAUGGUCUUUUAUGUAGCACCAUUGUCCUGAAGAAAUGUUGUAUUGUUUCAAUGUGUACUGUACUACUGUUUACGGUUAAAAUGACAAUAAAAGCCUUUGACUUGA